GAUUAGAUUUCGUGUCUGCCACGACCGCCAAUGCACACUUGCUUCAUUUCCUACUUUACUGUUCCCAUUCCAUUCCCUUGAAAUCUUCGGGAAAGUCAUUUCAAGUUGAUAUAUUAGCCGUACAGAGGGUGAUUGCUACACCGUCUUCCCCAAUAUGCGGACGUCUGCCGUAUGGGUCCUGUUCAGCAGCGUUUUCGUUGUUUGCUCAGCCGGUCCACCUGUCAAAGUUUCGUUGAGGUCGUCAUGGCGUGCACCACCAGUCCUUGUCGAAAUAAUUGAAACGGUCGCACUAGAGAAUCCAGACGCAUUUUUCCCGUUCGUCGACAGCAUAACGAACCCCGAGACGCAUGCGCUCGCAAAAGAUCUUAGUCCUGAAGCCGUACAUCAGCUCGCACUGCAAGCAGCCGUGGCAGGCGGGUUCCUUACGGAACCGGGGGCACUGACUGCUGUAGAAAUGAACCUGGCAAUGCAUUCUGCGACACCGAAAAUCGAAGCCUUUUAUCAACACUACUCUGAUCUGAAUUCGAAAGUUGAUUGCGGCUCCUGGGUUGACUGGUACGGCACAGUAGUGUGUGACGUGGAGACUCUGGUCCAGCUUGCGGGCAGGGAGACCAUCGAUUCGAAAGAAGGCAUACCUAAUCCUUUCAGCCGACCCAAGAUCCUGCCGUUUGAUCACGUCAACCCUUCUCCCAGCCUGACCUUGAACACUCCGCCUCGCACGGCCAUUCUUUACGCGUCUUUAGACUCGGAAAAUUUCCGAGAGCUGCAUUCGUACCUGUUAUCCCAUGCUUCGUCGAACAACAUUGAAUAUAUCUUCCGAUAUAUUCCCCCAAAGCAAGCCGACGAUGCUCCAAGAAGUUUCUUGUCCGGCUAUGGUGUCGCGCUGGACCUUAAGAAGAUGGAUUACUUGGCUGUGGAUGACCGAAACAUGAAUGGCGGAGCUGGAGCCGCAGACGAUAUCUCAGAGGAGAUUGGGAAACGUAUUGAUGCUGUGGCAUCCUUGAUAGAAGCAUACCCGGAGAAUACCACUGCACCGGAGACUACAGUGCCACUUACAGAAGUGGAGAUCUUAGAGCUGAGUUUGAAGGCGUCUCAAAUUAUUGCUGAAUCUUCCGAGCCUCUGGAUACACUUAGAAUUAUUUCACAAGACUUUCCCAAAUAUGCAACAUCGCUUGGACGACGCGUCGGAGCAAAUGAGAGCGUCGCUGAAGAAUUACACAACAAUCAACUUAGAGUACAAGCCGGUGGACAUGCGUUCUGGUUCAACGGGGUGCCGAUGGCAGAGAAGGAUGUUACGCCCUAUGGAUUACUGAGGAUGUUUCGCAAGGAGCGAGGAAUAAUGUCGUCGUUGACUUCUUUGGAUCUUUCACGGGCUCAAGCGAUGGAGCUCCUCACUCAUCCCAUCAUCGCAGCUGGUCAAGGUGAAAAGUCUGGCUUUGAUGGUUUUGUUGAUGCCAGUGAUCGGCCUGAAGGAGGUGAAGUGAUCACUUGGUGGAACGACCUGGAAAAGGAUAGCCGAUAUCAACGUUGGGACCCAGCUAUUUCUACUCUCCUCCGGCCCUUGUAUCCAGGACAGUUCCAUAACAUCAAACGAAAUAUAUUCAAUGUCGUUUUGGUACUAGACUUAUCUCAGACCAACGCAUUAACUUUUAUUGGCGGCGCAGUAGCCAACAUCAUCGAAAGGAGCUUUCCUUUCCGCUUUGGCAUAGUGCCUAGCAUUGAAAGUGAAGAUGGCUUGAAGAUGGCUCGGUUGUUCUAUUUCCUUGUGGAUAAUUUUGGCCGAAAGAAAACGAUGGGAUAUUUGAAGAAGGCAAUUUUAUCGCUGGUCGGUAUGCCGCCGCAACAUAGGAAACCUAAUGUUCAAUGGGACCUAGUCCGCUCAGAGUUUGAAGAUCUGUUGGAUGCGGAGGACUCGGACCUCGAAGAUGCUAUCUUUGAUAGCAUCAUCGAGGGACAAGUAGAGUUCUCCAAAUCUUUUGACAAGAUCGAUGUAUACACCAAGCGGAUAGGUGCAUCUAUGUCUUCCAACCCAGAAGGGCAUUGCUUUGUCAAUGGGAAACACUUUGACAUGAGCGAGACCUUUCUUCGCAGCAUGCAAAUGGAAGUAACUAGGCAGCUACAGCAUCUACAAGAGGAGUUGUACGAAGGAAAAAUCACUGAUGAUAGUAGCGCUUCUAUAUCGACGUACUUUUACGACCUCCCCACGACCCAGAAAACGAGGAAUCGGUUCAUCGAUGCGAUCGGGAGCUUGCGCAUUUAUAACCUUCCUGAAUUAUAUGCUCGUACGGGCUUCGGCGCUGGUCCUGGCGCUUUCAUAUAUCCUCCUGAGGGGGAAACACCCAUCACACUCUUUCUCAUCGCUGAUUUUAACACUGAGGAGGGGCUCGAACUAUUGAAGUCAGCAUUGACAUCGAUGAACGACCAAUCUCAAACCCGACUUUCUUUUAUCCACAAUCCAAGUGAUCCCAAGUUGGAUAUUACAGCACAGCACACACCCGUUGCGUGGUUGUUAAUACAUCUCAUAUCCAAGGGGCUCCUGUCGAAGUCAUCGCCAGCCCAAUUGAUAAGUGCUUUGGGGCUGGAAGCCCCUCUGUCGGUAGAUGGAGGGCGCUCGCAGAUACCCUUGUCUCAAGAAGGCACCUUUCAGGCACUCGCGGGACAAUCGGAAGCUGAUCCUGAGAAAAUUGCACAGUUCAUGCGAAGUAGCCGUUUAUUGGUGCGAGAGAUACAGCAACCUGCAGGCUCCCAAGGCAUCCUUGUCAAUGGAAGAGUUAUUGGACCACUGGAGACUAAAGAUUUCGUUUCUACAGAUUUCCAAGCACUAGAAACGUACGAGCUGCGUCGGCGAGUCGAAUCUGUGGUAUCUGCGAUACAUGACCCGACUUACAGUUCAGACAGUGCAUCACUUGCCAACCUGGUUUCCCUAGCUUCAUCAAUUAUAUCAUCGAUAAGUUUGCCUGAUCCAAGUGAGGCUGGUCUUUUUGAUACAGCCCCGAGACCUCGGCAAAGAGGCUACACGAUCCUCGAGAGCAAAUAUACGGGUUUCGAAUACGGUGAUAACACCACGGCAUUGUAUCAAAUAUCCGUCAUUACCGACCCUAUCAGUGAAAUUGCUCAGCGUUGGUCAAGUUUAUUACAGUGGAUCUCUACUUUUCCGGACACAUACAUAGAGAUAUACUUGAAUCCUGGACCACACAGUGAAAUCCCAUUGAAACGCUUCUUCAGAUAUAAUCUGAUCCCAUCCCUGUCUUUUGAUGAGGACGGACAUGAGCUUCCCGCGCAAACCAUCUUCGAAGAUCUGCCCGUUGAGCCUAUUUACACGCUUGCUAUGGACGUACCUUCCUCCUGGCUUGUCCGACCGAGAGAGGCACUAUAUGAUCUGGAUAAUAUUCAACUGGGUAACAUAUCACCUGAAGAUAGUAGUGUCGACGUCGUAUUUGAUCUGGACUAUAUCGUCGUGGAAGGACAUGCCCGCGAAACUGUAACCGGAGCUCCUCCUCGUGGUGUCCAAUUAGAGUUACGUAGUGGUGACAACACAGCAGUUGAUGAUACCCUCAUCACAGCUAACCUUGGCUACUUCCAAUUCAAGACGAAACCUGGGGUGUUCAAACUGGAAAUUCGAGAAGGACGCGGACGAGAUAUUUUCACUAUCGACAGUGUCGGUAAUGAAGGAUGGGACAGUCCAAGCGUGGAUGCCGUAGGAAACGAGAUAACGGUCACAAGCUUCGAAGGCUUGACUUUGUACCCGCGGUUUAACAGGGUGCCUGGGAUGGAGACCGUUGACGUGCUUGACCUGCGAUACAAGAAAGCCGACGAUUCCGAGGGGAUGUUGGGUGGCAUAACGUCGCUAUUUAAAUCUAUCUUCGGUUCUACUGAUUCCUCCGUGGUCGCUGUUAACAAGCAAGCCGACAUCAACAUUUUUACUGUUGCCUCGGGAUUGCUGUAUGAGCGAUUUGUCUCGAUUAUGAUUCUUAGCGUGAUGCGCAAUACUAAGAGCACAGUCAAGUUCUGGUUCAUUGAAAACUUCCUGUCACCCUCUUUCCUGGAAUUCAUUCCUCAUCUGGCCAAGGCUUAUGGAUUCCAAUAUGAGCUAGUGACUUACAAGUGGCCAUCGUGGUUACGUGCCCAGAAGGAGAAACAAAGAAUCAUAUGGGCUUACAAAAUACUCUUCUUAGAUGUCCUUUUCCCUAUGGACCUCAAGAAGGUUAUCUUUGUAGACGCGGACCAGAUAGUCAGAGCUGAUCUUCAGGAACUGGUGGACUUAGAUCUUCAUGGUGCACCUUAUGGUUAUACGCCCAUGGGCGAUGAUAAUACCGACAUGGAAGGCUUCCGCUUCUGGAAGACAGGAUACUGGAAGGAUUUCCUGAAGGGGCGACCAUAUCAUAUCAGUGCGCUGUAUGUCGUCGAUCUCGUUCGAUUCCGCCAAGUAAAUGCUCGAUCUACACAGGAUAUACUGCGUGGUCAGUAUCAGCAACUAUCAGCAGAUCCUAAUUCGUUGUCGAACUUGGACCAAGACUUGCCAAAUAACCUGCAACGGGAAGUCCCGAUAUUUUCAUUGCAUGAAGACUGGCUUUGGUGUGAAACUUGGUGUGACAAGGACCGGUUGCAUAGAGCAAAGACCAUCGAUCUUUGCCAGAACCCGCUAACGAAAGAGCCCAAAUUAGCCAGAGCACGACAAAUACCUGAGUGGGAAGUAUACGACACAGAGAUCUCUCAGUUUACUCGCAAGCUUGCUGAACAGGGCCUGAUAAAAUCUCGUAUUGCCGCUGCUGAUACCAAUGUGCUCGCCGGCGCUGGAAGUGCGCCCAGCAGUAGUCCUGAUUCUACGGCUGAGCCGACGGAUAACGGUGGAGCGGAU